GGGUUCCGUUGGGUCUCAUCUUUUCAGUUGAGUUUCAAUUUAAUCUCGGUAACGUACGGACGGCGCGUAAGGUGAAAGUGAUAUAAGAAUAGAUAACAGAUUAUGUUCCUAGACUAGUGUUAUUUGAUAGUCUAAAAAUAGUACUCAACGGUAAAAAGAAUAAAAUAGCUUUUAAAAGGGAUAAAAUUUCCUAACUUUGGUCAAAAACAAAAAGAAGAAAAACAAAGCAAAUCAAUCAAAGAAGUAAUUGCUUCAUUACUGGGUGCAGCCGCAAUACCCAAUCGAUUGAUCAACAAAGAAGAAAUGUCCAUUCAACUUGUAUAGGUAGUCAUCAACCGUUAAGCCAGCAGCAUGAUACGAAUGUCAUUUCUUACCACUAGUAGUUUUUUCGCGAGUGCAAAACGAUGGCGAACAAUUGGCUGGUGGAUUGUGCUGCUUUUGGUCCAUCGAUUAAUGGCCACCGAUAUUGGUUCCAGUGACGAUCAUAUAUGCAUUCGAUAUGAAAGUUUUACAGAACUAGAAACCGUUCCUCGGAAUGAAACUAUACAAAUACUUACCAGAGAAUGGUGCCUGGAAAUACCUCCUCGAUGUACAUCUUACCGACCAGAACUUAAAGAAGUCUUCGUAAAACAGAACGUUACCAAAACUCGUCGAAUAGAAUUCUGCUGCGAGGGCUUCGAGGAACGAUUGGAAGAGACGGUUACCUUUGAAGGGAUCAGCUCCCCACCGAAAAACUCCACCAUCCGGCUGAAUUGUCGCCCGAUUUGCCGCGGCGGUUGUGGCCGCGGCACUUGCGAAGCACCCAACCAAUGCAGCUGUGAGGCCGGAUUUACCGGAAAACAUUGUACGCAACGAUGUCGCAACGGAACUUGGGGCGAAAACUGUAAGCAUCGAUGUCACUGCCAGAACCAUUCCCUGUGCGAUGGCAAAACAGGUCACUGUCGAUGUUCGGAUGGCUGGAUUGGUAAUCAUUGUGAAUCGCCAUGUCCCGCAGGUCAUUUUGGAACUAUGUGCAAGAGCAAGUGCCACUGCAACACUUCAAGAUGUCAUCACAUUUCGGGUAAAUGUCUGGCUGAUCAUAGUCAGGUUAUGUUUGAAAACAUUACUCGAAUCGUGGAAAACAUCACUUCCGGUGAAAGCACGGAGAGAAUAUCUGCGGAACAGUGGAUCAAAAUUGAAACUGAGCCUGUCUCCCCUUCAACAACUUCAACGACCACAUCGAUUCCAAACAACGCGACUUACGCGCAAUCCUUCCAAGAAUACAUUCCUUCGAAUGUCAGUGUAAGUUUUGUACCUUUGGAAAAUUUGACAACGACCACAGAAGCCACAUUGAUCAAUGAUUCAACAAUUUACGAAAUAUUGGCAACAACAACCAAAUACGAAAUAACUUUCAUCAAUACCUCAGUAGAAGAUGUAAGCUCUCAAUCUGAUGCGGAGAACAUAACAUCGUCGAGUGAACCGAGUGAAUUUGUAUUUGUAGAAUCAGAAGAACGAUCCGAUCUGAUCGAAUUCGUCGAUGACAAAGACUACGAUGAAAAGGAACAGGAAGUGAACCAUAAACAGGCCGUAAUAACUAUAUCCUGUUUGCUCCUUACGCUAGGUUUACUUCUAUCAGUAGUAGCGUACAUGAAGAAAAUAAAUCGUCGGGCGAUCGAAGUUCAAAGGCAAAAACAGCUACCCGCACUACAUUGCAAAACGGUUAUAACCAAAGGACCAGAUAGCCCUAGAGUUCUCGAACCUCUUCCUGAACCACCUCACGUAAUCUACACCAGGGUGAAGGCGAAAAACCAAAGGAAUGCUCUGAACGCGCAAAUUGAACACUACGAUGUUCCAAUCAACAACUCAUCGGUUUCGCCAUUCCAAUUUCCCGUCAUCAACGGAGUAGUGAAGUUGGAUGGAACGCAGGCCAGGAAGUACAGCAUGGAGCACAUCUAUGACGAAAUUCAGUAUCCGGCACUGGGUGAUCCCAACGAGCAGCAGCAACAGCAGCGUGCCGACGACAAUGGCGACGUCAACAGUAUCGAGUGUUGGCCAGCCAAGGUCGCUCCGGUUAAGGUGAUCGACGAAAUUAAGGGGAAAUAA